CAAAGUGAAAUCUUCAUGAACAGACCAUGAUCAUCUCUGCAACUUCUUAAGCAAACACAAAAAACAAAACGAAAGCAAACUCGUUCCAAUGGCUCACCACCAACUCAUCGACUCGCUCACCUCGCACAUCUCCCUCUACCACUCCCAAUCCCCAAACCCCAACCCUAACCCUAAUCCUAACCCUCGAUCCUCCAUUCUCAAAUGGUUCUCUUCUCUUUCAAUUCACCAACGCCAGGCCUAUCUAACCGUCGUCGACGGGAAUUUCGUCCAGAUCCUCCUCCAGAUGCUGGCCAAGCUCCGAUCUCACGGCCACGGCUCCUUCAUUCUCCUCCCCGACCUCCCCUCGCCCAACAACCUCCCCACCCUCUGCUUCAAAAAGUCCCGCGGCCUUAUUGCGCGCGUGGCUGAAUCCGAAACAGCAGGGCGGGCGGUGUUCGAGUCCGCCCGGUUGUUCGAGUCGCGUGAGGGCGAGGAGGCCGCCAAUUCACUGCCGCCCUCGGCGAGGCGGCUAGACGCGCUGACCUUUGCCGAGGGGUUUGUUGGGAAUGUGGACCAGUUUGUGGAGGCAAUGGACCGGAUCUCCGGUGGUGGGUUCCUCCGGGGGGAUGAGGCCGAGCUUGGAGAGGAUUGGGUCGAGCUGCAUUGGCUCAAAGCGAAGGGGUAUUAUGGUAUUGAAGCGUUUAUUGCGAAUAGGAUGGAGGUUUCGAUGAGAUUGGCUUGGUUGAAUUGCUGUGGAGGGAGGAAGAGAGGUGUGAAGUUGAAGGAGAAGAUGAGUGCUGCGGGUGUUGGUGUGAAUGUAUUUUGGAGGAAGAAGGGGUGCGUUGAUUGGUGGGCGAACUUGGAUGCUGGCACCAGGAGAAAGGUCUUCACCACCUUCUUUAUGAAAGCUGCAAAACCCUUGACUCGUGAUGUUUUGGAAGUGUCAAGUAGUGCCUCUGAUGAUGAGAUUUGCCUAUACAGUGCGGGAGUGGAUAAAUUAAUGCAACACAAUCGUCCUAUGUCAGCUCAACGGAUCAUCUCAUCUCUUCCUGUUGAUAUGGAAUUUGGAACAGUUAUUUCACCAGUUUCUUUAUGUAAAAAACCAGCUGCUUUAGCCAGAGCCUUCAAUUCUUUAUUAGUACUUCAUGAUGUUAAUAUGAUGGUAGCAUCAAAUCUUAAUAGUGAAUAUGACAUAGGAAAGCUUUUCUUUAGUUCUUUGGGUUCUGUCUGUACGAUAUCUGAUUGUAUAUUAAGAAAAAUGCGAGGAUUUUUUAUGGUUAUUUCACUUGACUGCACAAAACUUGAACUAUUAGGAGAGGCACUUGAAAAGUCUUCAUCAGAUAAACCUAAAGAAAAGCUUAGUGUUUCUAACCGGAAAAAGAAGGGACGAAAUCGCAAUACUAAACGGCAAAAUCCUGUCUCAAAGACCUGCACAGAUGGUAUUUCACAUGAAAAUCCACUCAAGGAUACUGAUUGUAAAGGGGAUAAUAAAAAGAAGACUGAUUUAGUGGGAUCCAGAGAACUUCCUGCUGUCUGUAUGGGGAAGGAGAUUUCAAUGGAGUGCUCAUCAUCAACUGUAAAAAUGGAUCAUACUCAAGGAUUGGAUGUUGGCACAGUAAAAGUACGGACCACUUCAAGAAGAAGUAGAAAAGAGAAAAAUAAAAGUAAAAACAUCAUCAUUGAUAGUGCAGGUGGAAAUUCUCAUAAAUCAAUUAUGCAUGCUGCCUCUACCACUGUUGUUUCUGAAGGUGAGGUGGCAAUAUGUGAUAGAUUUUUGAAUAGUUCUACCAUUCAGAAUGUCAAAAAUGACAAUUCAAUUGGUAAUGACAUCCUUACUUCAAAUUCAAGCCAUUGUAGUAAUCUUAGUGGGCUUACUAAGGAGAACAGUUCUACUGGAAAAGUUGAAGGAGAGACAGAAGAUCUUGCUGAAUCUGGGAAUAGUUUAGGGCCUCAAUGUUGUUUAUUAUCAGAUGAAAGGAAAACUUUAUGUUCUGGAUUAGAUACUUUUACAUGUGAUUUAGAUUGUAAUGCUGUUGUAACUCCUCCUGUACCUGCAUUGAAACAAGGUAGCUUCUUCAGCAAGGAAGAUACCUGUCAUUUGAACUCAUUGCGUGUUGCCAAAACCGAUAUAAAGUCUACUGCUCCUGACAAACCAAUUAGAGAGGUUAAUGUAAAAGAAUUUGGGCGGUUGAAUGAGCAUGAUAGAUGUCUAUUUGAGAGUAGAAAUUCAGCUUUCUCAAAGUGCAGUCCAUAUGAGUGGCCUGGGGUACCUUCUAUUUAUUUUCCAUCUUUUAAUUCACACCUCCCUCCUGCCACGGAUAGAUUACAUCUUGAUGUUGGGCGGCAUUGGCACAAUCACUUCUGCCAUCCAUUUGUUCCCACAUUACAGCAGGCAAGAAAUCCUUCUAUUGAAGGUGGAUGCAACCCAAUCCUCUCUCGUCCUAUUCCUAUGAGUUUUGACUGGCCCCCAGUCUUCCGAGGAUGCAGGUCCCCAUCACCAAACUAUAAUUAUGACUCUGGUCUUAUAUCUAGGAAGCAAUGCACCUUUUCAAAAGGAUUGGCUGUUCACAGUAUGCAGGUUGAUGCAACUGCUCCUGAUGAUGAAAGAAAAUAUUCUGGGGAUGCAUGGGAUUUACCUGACCUAACAAACACAAUGGAGCUAGCAGAUGAAUUUGACAAUCACUGUUUAUCUGAGGAAGAAUAUGAGGUUCAUGCUGUUUCUGGUAUAGAUUAUAAUCAAUAUUUUGGUGGAGGCAUAAUGUACUGGAACCCUUCUGAUUACCCAGGAAAGGGUUUCUCCAGGCCUCCCUCACUUAGCUCUGAUGACAGUUUAUGGGCUUUGCGUGAAGCUGACAUGAAUAGGACUGUGGAUGAUAUGGUUGCUUGCACAUCUUCAUACAGUACGAAUGGUUUAACAUCACCCACAGCUGCUGCAUUUUGUUCUCCUUUUGAUCCUGUAGGGACUGGGACCCAGACUGUUGGUUACAUGAUGUCAGGUAAUGAAGUACCUGGAAAGAUAUUGCAUUCUUCUUCAGUUACUGAUCCAGCAGUGGAUGAAGAUACUUCUGGUUCUUUGGGUAGUGGUUUACCUGGAGAAGUUGAAGGAAAGGCAGGUGAUUCACAUCCAUAUCCCAUUCUAAGGCCAAUAAUUAUUCCUAACUUGUCAAGGGAAAGGUUUGAUCAUAAAAGUCCCUGUGUUCCUCCCACCAGGCGGGAGCAGCCUCGCAUAAAGCGGCCUCCAUCACCUGUUGUGCUUUGUGUACCACGUGCACCACGUCCACCCCCUCCUUCUCCUGUGAGUGACUCCAGGAAACACAGGGGUUUUCCAACGGUUAGAUCUGGUAGUUCCAGCCCAAGGCACUGGGGGAUGAGAGGCUGGUAUCAUGAUGGAAAUAAUUUGGAGGAAACAUGUUUAAGAAUGGAUGGUGCUGAAGUUGUGUGGCCUUGGAGAAGUAAUAAUCUUGCAGUACGACCUUUGAUUCAGCCUUUACCUGCUGCCUUGCUGCAGGACCGCCUGAUUGCAUUAUCACAGAUAGCACGUGACCAGGAACAUCCGGAUGUCACCUUUCCCUUGCAACCUCCUGAGUUACAAAGCUGUUCUGCACAGGGUAUAUCUUUAUCUGUGAUGCAUGGUAUUCUCCAUGAUGAGAUUGACUCUUUCUGUAAACAGGUUGCUGCAGAAAACAUGGCCAGGAGGCCAUACAUUAAUUGGGCUGUCAAGAGAGUGACCCGAUUUCUGCAGGUUCUAUGGCCUAGAUCACGGACAAACGUAUUUGGUUCCAAUGCAACUGGUAUGUCCCUUCCGACAAGUGAUGUUGACCUUGUCGUUUGUCUACCUCCAGUGAGAAACCUGGAACCUAUUAAAGAAGCUGGAAUACUGGAAGGUCGUAAUGGGAUUAAAGAAACAUGUCUUCAGCAUGCAGCUAGGUAUCUUGCCAAUCAGGACUGGGUGAAAAAUGAUUCUCUGAAGACAGUGGAAAAUACAGCUAUUCCUAUUAUUAUGCUUGUGGUGGAAGUACCUCAGGAUGUUAUUACCUCCUCGGCUCCUAUUAUACAGUCAUUAAAUGAAAACCCACAUCGUACUCCAGGUGAACAUGGUAGCGAUAAUAAUUCAGAUACCAUCCAGUUAGAAGAUUUGGCUUCGCCAAAAGGCUCCCAAAUGAAAAUUGAUGCUUUGAAAUCGAAAUCAGUUCGUCUGGACAUCAGCUUUAAGACCCCUUCUCAUACUGGACUCCAGACUACAGAAAUGGUUAAGGAGUUGACAGAGCAAUUUCCUGCUGCUACACCUCUUGCUCUGGUACUAAAACAAUUUCUGGCUGAUAGGAGCCUUGAUCAAUCCUACUCCGGUGGCUUAAGUUCCUACUGUUUGGUCUUACUAAUUAUACGAUUUCUUCAGCAUGAGCAUCAUCUAGGCCGUCCAAUCAACCAAAAUUAUGGAAGCCUUCUGAUGGAUUUUCUCUACUUUUUUGGGAAUGUGUUUGAUCCUCGCCAAAUGCGGAUAUCAGUUCAGGGAAGUGGACUUUAUAUAAAGAGAGAAAGAGGUUGUAGCAUUGAUCCAAUUCACAUAGAUGAUCCCCUUUUCCCAACUAAUAAUGUGGGGAGGAAUUGCUUCCGAAUUCAUCAAUGCAUUAAGGCAUUUUCAGAAGCUUACUCUGUUCUUGAAAAUGAACUCAAAUUCCUAAAUAGUGAUGGUGAGUCAAGUUCAAGGCCACCUUACAGACUGCUUCCAAAAAUCAUUCCAAGUCUUGAUAAAGAACAUGAAGACUGAAAUGUUGUUUUGUCUAAAGAUUUUGUGUACCUUCACUACAGUAGGGAAGUGUUCUCUUUAUUCCCCUCAGCCAAAAAUUUUGCCACUUGAAUUUGGGAGAGGGAAAUGAAUGCUUUUUCAGUUCCUGGCUGGUGCAGAAUGCUUGCUGAAAAAUGCUGUCAUUCUCUGCUUACGCAGAGUACGCAUGGAAGAUGAUCAGAUAGCUGGCAUGACAAAUGGAAAAUCUUGAACUUGAACAAUGUAACAUCUUUGUCAUGCCUUGACUUGACAUCCAAGCCCCGGUUAUGCCAACUUCCAAGAGAUGGAUUAAGGACUUUAUCCUAGAUAUUAUGGUACUGAUUGAGGGUGGUUGAUGGUCUGGUCUGCUUGAUCAUCUCGGUUGGUUUAAGGUCAUAAUGCUCAACCACUGACUGAUUCAGCUGACUUCUCUCCGACAUAUUUUGAUUUGAGAAGGCAAAGAUGGUAAUUUGUUGCCCAAGAGACAUCUUUGAGUUGUCUUUGUCGCCUGAAGAACUGUGAAGUCAG